CCACAAUAUCUUCUUCUUUCUGGCAGUCUCCCUUCCUCCCUCGUUCACUCGCCGACAAACCUCUGUAAUUUCCAGUCGUCGUCUUUCUCAGCUCCUCACUGUUCAUCCUCUAUAAUCGCUGCCCAGGUCCCCUAGUCUUCCUGUUGGCAGAGGCAUUAUGUACUAAAUCCUCACAUUGAAGCACAAGUGAGGAAAGCCGGUGAAAGCAAAUUUCAUAACCGAUAACGUGUGGAGGCGUUUCAGAACUUACUGAGAUACACCCCGUAUAAUAAAUACACAAAAUCGUCGGAAGGGUGAAGAGUCAUCAACCCAUAACUUAUAAUGGUUGUUCUAUCUGAACUUCCAGAAGGAUCUUCAUCUUCUUCAUCAACUCAUGGCCAUAGUCCAUCAACUUGUGGUCCUAGUUCAUCAACUCAAGCUCAUAGAUAUGAUGUAUUUUUAAGUUUUAGAGGUUCUGAUACUCGUCAUAGUUUCACUGAUCACCUUCAUAAGGCUCUCAUUGAUGCCGAUAUCAGUACCUUCUUGGAUGAUGAAGAGAUUGAAACAGGGGAAGAUCUUAAACCGGAAUUGGAGAGUGCAAUUAAGGCAUCUCAGGCUUCUAUUAUCGUACUGUCUAAGAAUUACGCUACUUCAACAUGGUGUCUGGAUGAAUUGGUGCUGAUCCUUGAGCAACGUAUGACAUCCGACCAUAUUGUCAUCCCCAUCUUUUAUCAUGUGGAGCCCACCCAUGUCAGGAAGCAACAAAGUAGCUUUGGAGUUGCAAUGUCUAAGCAUAAACAGACAAUGGAGGCAGAGACAAAUGCAAAUAAAAGAAGUCAAUGGGCUCAAAAGAUGGACAGGUGGAAUAAAGCACUUAAAGAAGUUGCUAAUUUAAAAGGAAAUGACAUCAAUGGAAGGCGAGAGACAGAUUUCAUUGAAGAAAUUGUGAGAGACAUCCACCGUAGAUUACAUGUACCCUUAAGAAGUGCUCAGCCACUAUUUAUUGGGAUGGGCUAUCAUAUUAAAUUUAUCACUUCAUGGUUGAAAGAUGGAUCCUCACAUAUGGCAGACAUACUCACUAUUUCGGGUAUAGGCGGGAUCGGGAAGACAUCUUUAGCCAAACAUAUCUAUGGGCUAUAUUCUCGUGAGUUCCAAACAAGCAGCUUUAUUGAAGAUAUCACAAGAAAAUGUGAUGGAAAGUUUAAUGGGUUGAUUGAUUUACAAAAACAACUUUGCAAUAAAAUUUCAAAACCAAGUUCAAUUCAAGUUUAUGAUAUUUCAGUAAACACCUCAAAGAUAGAGAAUGCACUAGCUCGUAAAAGGGUAUUUCUUGUUCUUGAUGAUAUCAGUACUCUUGUUCAGUUGGAUGCAUUACUUGGAAGCAACGGUUUUCAUCCUGGAAGCAAAGUUAUAAUAACAACAAAGGACAGAUGGUUGACAGAGAGUUGUGCACUAUUCAAAACAAACAUUAAACCCAAGCAUGUAAAACACUCACUUGAAGGCUUACAUGAGACCGAAUCACGACAACUUUUGUGUUCCCAUGCAUUCAUGUGUAACCAUCCCAAGGCAGGUUAUGAAGAGGUGUCAUAUAAGCUGGUGAAGUACUGUCAAGGACAUCCAUUGGCUCUUGAAGUUUUGGGCAAGUCUCUGCAUAAUCGGGAUGUGGAGUAUUGGGAAGGGUGCAUGGAAGGGCUAAAGAAAGAAGUUAGUUCCCCUGUAAAUAAUGUCUUGAGAAUGAGCUUCGACUCUUUGCCAUCAAACAAUGAUAAGGACUUGUUUAAGCAUAUUGCUUGUUUUUUUGUUGGAAUAGAUAGAGAUGUUAGCGAAACCAUAUUAGAGGCAUGUGAUAUAAACACAAAAUCCGGAAUCACGAAUCUCAUUGAUAGAUGUCUUCUCAGUAUUGGAUGGAAUAAUGAAUUGAAGAUGCAUCAGUUGGUUCAAGAGAUGGGAAGAUUCGAAGUACGUCAAGAAUCACUUGACAAGCCAUGGAAGCGAAGUCGAUUAUGGUGUCAUAAGGAAUCAUUCAGAGUGUUGAAACAAAAAAAGGGUAAGGGAAAUCUUCUUGGCCUUGCCCUUGACAUGCGCAUGCUUGAGAAAGAAAAGUUGGGAGCACCAUUUGAGCUGAAAAUAGAUGCAUUGAUAAUCCACAACGAUUUGAGAAGAGGCAAAAGUUGGAUGGAUCGUGCUUAAAAGAUAAAAGGCUGUUUGGUUCAUUGAAGAUUCUUAAUUUAAGUUUCUGCAAACAACUUCAUAGUGUUGGUGACUUUCAGCAACUCCCUGCGCUUGAGAGAUUAAUACUUAGAAAUUGCAUUGGUUUGCUUGAUGUUUGUGAAUCAAUUGGGCAAUGUGUUGAACUUGGUCUCAUUGAUCUAAGCUACUGCAAGAAGCUUGAAAAACUUCCAAGAAAUAUAGGCAUGUUAAAGAAGGUUAAAACAGUGUUGCUGGAUGGUUGUAGUCUUGGUGAAUCUCAAAUCCAGAUUAGGGAUAUAGAAUCAUUGGAAUUGUUCAACGCUAGCAAGAUUGACAUAAAUAAAAGAACCUCUUCCUCCGCCUUUGUGCGAGCUAUACCAAGUGAUUUGAAGUCCUUUACAAUGUCUUUACCGAGGUCUUUAGUAAGGUUUGUCACUUGCAAAUAGUAAUUUGUCCCAUGAAUCCUUUCCAACGGACUUUUAGUUGCCUAUCCAUGUUAAAGGAAUUAUAUUUAGAUGGAAAUCCUAUCAAUUCCAUGCCAAGUUGUGUGAGAACCCUUCCUAGACUUGAGAUACUUAGUAUGCAGGAUUGUAAUAAGUUAAAGUCAGUCGAGUAUCCUCCACGUACACUAAGAGAUUUGUUUAUUAAUCCUUAUGAUGUGCAUUAUGUAGACAAACAUCUAUUUGAUUCAGAAAUGUUACCACUCUUGACGAAAGGGUUAGAUUAUGCAUCUUGGACAAAUUAUCAACGCGAUCGUUCAUAUGAAAUUGAAGGCAUGGUAAAAAUCGAAGCAACGGUGGAUGUGGAGGAAAAGAUGAUUCAUGAAUUUGGAAUAGUUAGCACAAUUUAUGAGGCGGAGAAGAUGCCGAGUUGGAUUAGGCAUAGAAGCUUGGGGCCAUCAAUAUCAUUUACUAUCCCAUCAUCAUCAUCAUCAUCAUCAUCAUCUCCAGACAGCGGUAUAGGAGUCAACUUCUGCUCUCUGCACACAUUGAAACCUUCCGAUGGUUCGUUGCAAUGUAAUCAGUUUCCUCGAUUGCCAAUGAUGACAAUUAGUAAUAUAACAAAGAACUGCACAUGGAUAUUCCUACGUCACUGCGACAGAGGUUUUCAAGGACAAAGGCGUUGGGUGAUAUUAAGUCAUUGGAUAUUUGGGAUGGAUGAAAUGGAGGGUGGUGACCACGUUACUAUUACUGUUACAACGCCAUAUAAUGAACUUGUAAAGGAGUGUGGGGUGAGUCUUGGGUUAUUACAUGCCAUGGAAUCACAUGAAGAACUGGCGUAUAAUGAACUUGUAUGGAGAUCUCUCCCCUUUUCAAACAAUAACAGGUGAAUACAUCCUAAAGAACUGGUGGUGUUUUGUGUGUGUCAUGGUAUUGUAUCCAUAUCAUUGAAAAUUCGUUAUGGAGGGCCCUAGCGUUCAAGAACAAGAGAAAGAGUAGUUUAGAGCUUUAUCCUCAAGGAAGCCUAACAUACUUGGUCGUGCAUCUAGAUCUGAGGGUAAGGGAGAAUCUUCAAGGUCGUGUCCUUGACAUAAAAAUGCUUUAGAAAUAGAGGCUGCUGUACAUCGCUGUCUGAAUUCAACAUGGAUGCAUCUAGUAAGAUGGGUAACCUAAUGCUACUAUAACUCAAUCGCAUGAAACUCAAUGAGUUAUAUCCUGAUUUAUUCCAGAAGAAUGAAGAUGGUUUGCUUGUUGUCACUUCUAGUAACGAUGUAUCUUUUCGGUUUUUUUCCAUUUGAUAGUUGUAUCUUUGAUUACCAAAAACUGGGGAAAACAAUAUGAGUGGUUUUUGGGUUAAUGUUAAUUAAUAAACAUGUAAUGAAGAUGAUGU